AUGACCUUCACCAACCUCCGCUCCAUCGCACUCACCUCUGUCCUUGCAGCAGCCGCAGUCGCUCCCCCCGCUGCGAAAGAUAGCCCGAUCGAGGGCUACACCAUCGCCCCCGCCACGUGGGAGUUCAACGGUCCCGAUGGUCAAACGGUUCAGCUUAACGGCACGGCGCAAGAGGUCGUGGCCCAAUUCGACGUGCUCGUCCCCAACUCGCGGGCCCAGCUCAUCGCUUCCAUCACCGCCGCCUCCACCUCCACGAGCCGCCACGACGAGAACUCCCUACUAGAGAAGUGCUACGACGAGACCAAGCUCCAUUGCUGGGUCGGCCACUGGGACUACGCGAGACUUUCCGCCAUCCAGGACGGCAUCGACUAUCUAAACGGCGUCCCUGGCCGCCCGUGGCACAACCCGCGACCCAGUACUUGCGCUAGGGUGUCCUGCUCAUACGGUUCUGCCAUAUACUGGUGCAACGACAACCGAUCCCGCAAGGAGCUGAACAGCUACCAGAACAUCGCCCACGGCGCCGACAGAAUCAAAAACACAUGCCACGAAAUCUUCCCCUCGAUGACCCUGACCCAAGGCCAGAUCUUUUACAAAGACAACUGGAACGUCAUUGUCCGUGGUGACGACUGCUGA